UUUUAAAUAUAUGAGUUACUAAUCAUCAUCAACCCCAUCAUAUUUCCUACAUUUCUCACUUUAAUUCUCCCAUAAUUUUCAAAAUUUCACACUCACAAAUGUUCUUCAACUGAGUCAAAAAUGAAGACCUCAACUCUACAUAACAAUAACAAAAGUUGUUCACAACAUCAGAUUCUGGAGGUUUUUAGCAGAGAAUUAGGUCUCAAUACCCCCAGAAUAUUCCAUCACCGGUUCUCUGCUUCCGAGGGUGUUGUGAGUAGAAUUGGUCUUGCUGGUAAGCUGAUUGGGCAUCAAGGGUGUGUGAACACGGUUGAGUUUAACCGUAGUGGUGAUCGGCUGGUGUCGGGUUCUGAUGACCGUCGAGUUGUGUUGUGGAAUGUCGCAAGUAGAUGUUUGGUCCUUUCGUAUGAUUCGGGUCAUGCUGAUAAUGUAUUGCAGGCUCGGAUUAUCCCGUUUAGUGAUGAGAGGAGUAUAGUGACUUCUGCUGCUGAUGGUCAGGUAAGACUUGGUCAGGUAGUAGACAACGGAAAGGUACAAACAAAACGGUUAGGGAAACACAACGGGCGCGUUCACAAGCUUGCUGUUGAGCCUGGAAGUCCCUACAUAUUCUACAGCUGCGGCGAGGAUGGACUCGUUCAACAAUUCGAUUUGCGAAGUGAUUCUUCCACAAAGCUUUUCUGUUGCUCCACAUUCACCGGAAACAUCCACCGUCAUUCUUCUCCAAACAGACUGAACUCCAUUACAAUCGACCCACGAGACCCUAACUAUUUUUCACUAGGAGGUUCUGAUGAAUACGCACGCGUAUAUGAUAUUAGAAAACUCCAUCUGGGUGCACCCGUCGAGACAUUCUGCCCGAAACACCUCAUCAAAACUCGCGAUAUCCACAUUACCGGAAUCUCAUACUCCAACACAAGCGAGCUUCUUGUUUCGUAUACCAAUGAACACAUUUAUUUAUUUCAGAAGAAUAUGGGCUUAGGCCCGUACCCCGUUGCAGCGUCGCUAGAACAUGUGGAUAGUUUGGAUGAACCGCAGAUGUAUUCUGGGCGUAGUAAUUCGUUAACAGUUAAAGGGGUUAGUUUUUUCGGGCCUGGUUGUGAGUAUGUUAUGAGCGGAUCAGAUUGUGGGCGUAUUUUCAUAUGGAAGAAAAAAGACGGUAGAGUUAUUCGCGUUAUGGAAGGCGAUAAGCGUAUAGUGAAUCAAGUCGAACCACAUCCGAAUAUUCCUGUUCUUGCUUCUACUGGAUUAGAGAAAAAUAUAAAACUUUGGGCUCCUUUAUCAGAUAACAUUCAUCCCCUGCCGCGUGAUUUACAUAAGAUUAUGGAGUCAAACAGGCGAGCCGGAGAGAAUCAUUCAGGGGUUGCACACACACGCGAUGGUGUAACGCAUGUUUUGAGGCUUCAACGAAGGCAAGGAAGGGCUUAUGUUGAAAGGAGUCAUGAUAGAGAUGAUGCUGCAAGGGAUGAAGAAGAUGAAAGUGAUGGAAAUCCGAGUGAGUGUAAUAUCGUUUAGUAUAUUAACACUCGAAGUUUAUAAAGUUCGCCGCGAGUUAACGUUUUAUAAUGUUUUGGGAACCUGGAUAUGCAUGUUUAGUUAAGUAAAGAAUGCAAGUAAUGUGCACCUUGUUAAUGUUGCUA